GCGGGAGCGCGGGGCCGCCCCCUUCCUCCCUCGCCGGCGCUGGGCUGAGCCCGGAGCCGAGAAACCGAGUCGGCUCUGAGCUCCCUGCUUGGUUUUUGGGCGGCGGCAGCCGGAGGUGGAACAUGGCGCUCGUAGGCAACGGAGAAGAGCUGGAAGCGGACGAGGACAUCUUUGAAGAUGCCUUGGAAACCAUCUCUGUGUCUUCUCGUGCAGAUAUGGCUACAAGCAGCCACUACUUUUCAUCAUUUGAUGUAAAACAGGCAUCUGGACAGCACAGUUCAUCUAAUGUGAGCAGGUCUUCUAAGGCAUUUGUAAAAACAAGCACUUAUAAAUGUAUUGUGGAGCAGCCUCAAAGGACACCAGCAAAGUGGAGCGAAGCUUCAGACUUGAACAAGUCACCAUCAGCCAAGGUGGAUCUCAAGAGUGGCCUAGAAGAAUGUGCAGUGGCAUUGGACUUGUUUCUAAAUAACAAAUUUACAGAUGCCUUAGAAUUGCUUCGACCAUGGGCUAAGGAGAGUAUGUACCAUGCCUUGGGCUACAGUACCAUUGUGGUGUUGCAGGCCGUCAUGACCUUCGAGCAACAGGACAUCCAAAAUGGCAUUUCUGCCAUGAAGGACGCCUUACAAACCUGCCAAAAAUACAGGAAAAAAAGCACGGUUAUAGAAUCGUUCUCAAGUCUUCUUUCUAGAGGAUCAUUCGAACAGCUGACUGAAGAGGAGAUGCAUGCUGAAAUCUGUUAUGCCGAGUGUCUCCUACAGAAAGCCGCACUCACGUUUGUGCAGGAUGAAAAUAUGAUCAACUUCAUCAAAGGUGGACUGAAAAUUAGAACAAGUUACCAAAUAUAUAAAGAAUGUCUUUCUAUCCUGCAUGUAAUUCAGAAGAACAAGGUUGAACAGCAGUUCUUCUAUGAGUUUGAAGGAGGUGUCAAGCUUGGAAUAGGGGCCUUUAAUUUGAUGCUGUCCCUUUUACCAGCAAGGAUUAUCAGAUUAUUAGAAUUCAUAGGAUUUUCUGGAAACAGGGAACUGGGCCUCCUGCAGUUACGCGAAGGUGCAUCCGGAAGAAGCAUGAGGUCUUCACUAUGCUGCUUAACUAUACUAGCUUUUCAUACUUAUAUCUCCCUGAUACUUGGUACAGGAGAAGUGAAUAUUGUGGAAGCAGAGAGUCUUCUUGCACCCUUCCUCCAGCAGUUUCCAAAUGGCUCACUCAUGCUGUUUUAUCAUGCCCGGAUAGAGCUGCUGAAAGGGCAUGUGGAAGAGGCACAAGAGCUAUUUCGAAAAUGCAUUUCAGUUCAAGAAGAAUGGAAACAGUUUCACCAUCUCUGUUACUGGGAGCUGAUGUGGAUUCAUGUAUUCCAACAAAACUGGAUGGAAGCAUAUUACUAUUCAGAUCUGCUUUGCAAAGAGAGUAAAUGGUCCAAGGCAACUUAUGUGUUCUUGAAAGCUGCAAUUUUGAGUAUGCUUCCGGAGGAGGAUGUGGUAGCAACUAAAGAGAAUGUAGUCACUUUAUUCAGACAGGUGGAGAGCCUGAAGCAGAGGAUUGCGGGGAAGUCGAUCCCUACUGAGAAGUUUGCUGUGAGGAAGUCUCGCCGUUACUCCGCCUCCUUGCCUGCACCCGUGAAGCUCAUCUUGCCUGCCCUGGAAAUGAUGUACGUCUGGAAUGGUUUUCCAAUAGUGAGCAAAAGAAAAGACCUUUCUGAAAAUCUGUUGAUAACUAUCGAAAAGGCUGAGGCAGCUUUACAAAAUGAAAACUUGACCGACUACUCUGUAGACGACGAGUGUUUGGUGAAGUUGCUGAAAGGAUGCUGUCUGAAGAACUUACAGCGGCCCUUGCAAGCGGAAUUGUGUUUCAAUCAUGUUGUCCAAAGUGAAAAGCUACUGAAGUAUGACCACUACCUAGUGCCAUUUACUCUGUUUGAGUUGGCAUUUUUGUACAAAAGCCAAGGGGAAAUUGACAAGGCCAUAAAGGUCCUAGAAACUGCAAGAAACAACUACAAAGAUUACUCCAUGGAGUCCAGGCUACACUUCAGAAUUCAAGCAGCUCUUCACCUCUGGAAAAAACCUUCCUCAGAUUGAUCAGAACAAGAAGGGUGGAAUUUUCUCUCAAUUACCACAUCUGCUAAAGAUUAGACCUUGUAUUAAAGUGGAAAAGUGAUCUUCUGAAUGAGAGACAAAAAAACUAAUUUUAUUGUCAAUAUUUUCUGUCAUCUGUGUGGUUUACUGUUGGUCUACAUAAAUGGUUUUGGGUUUUUUUUUUUUAUGGAAUGAUGUUCGAUACUAUCUAGAAAUUCUUAUAUUUUGCCUCUCCAAAAAGAUUUUCAUAUUGCAUUUGAAUUGGAGAGUGAAGUCUUUUAAAGGACUCACAGGUACAAUAAAGUCUAAUGAGAUUAUUUUUUUAAUGUAGAAAUCAAUAUUGUUUAAGUAGCAAGUGGCUUACAAGUUGAGCCAUUUUUAGAUUUGUUGAUCAGUUAAACUUCAGAGAUAUUUUGUUGCCUAGUAUUUAAAUUCAAGAGGGGAAAUGAAAAUCACCUACAUUCAAAAUAGCCUAACAAUCACCUGAAGACUCCUGAAAAAGAGAGGCAGUGGAUGGGAUAAUGGACUCAAUAGGUUGAGGAGACCUGUAUCUAGAAAAGAUGAUGAAACAUUGUUAUUGUUUUUUUAUUCUUUAUGUAAGUUAAAGGUGGUGACAUUUUUGAAAGACUUUCCUGUUUUUGAAUGUAUUUAAAUCUAUUAGAAUAACAAAAUUCAAAAAACUCUGUGUAUCUAAAGGGAAGAAAAAGUCAUAUUUUAGAAAUUAUCCUCAACCUUAGCAAUGAGAGUCUAAAAUAUAUACGUUGAUUAUUUUUCUUAUAGGAAUCAAAGUUCCUGCUGCUUUAAAUGAUAUGUAAAAUAUCGAUAACUUUUACACUCAUGAUGUUGGUGAGUAAGAUUCAAUUUUCUAAUCUCUGUAGCACUGUGAUGGUUCCUUGUAAAUACAUGGACUGUGAUUAGUCCUUUAAUCAGGAAACACAAUCAGGGCAUGGAGCAGAGGAGAACCAGCCCGACUCUGUGUGGUCCUGACUCUGCUACUGGUUAGCGGUUACCAGGGAGACCUUUAGAGAGUCCCUGCUCUCUGCGUCACCACGUUUUCCUCAUCUGUGAAAUGGAAAAAGAGCAGAUGUCUUCAAGGUCUUUUUCAGUUUUAUAGCUGUGAGUCUGUGUAUUAGGUAUUUAUUUUCAGGAAACAAUGUUAAAAAAUGUUUAAUCCAAACCAUUCCUACUUAGUGUGUGUUUUAUUCUGCAAUCAUCACUGUCUCCUCCCCACCCUCCAAAUAUGUAUGUGUUGUGGCUAAAGAGAGAUUGCAUCCAGGGCGAGGGAAAACAAUUCAUGAAUGGAUGAAUCAGGGUUUUGUCCUAUUUCUGUUUCUAUUUUGAAGAAUAACUUGUCAUGGAAACCUCUGCAGUUUAACAGAAACAGCUCCAAAUUGGUAAUCAGGAGCCCAUCUCUGUUAGUUAAUAGUUUCUUGACAUGGAGCAAGUCACUCACUCUUUCUGGGACUCAGUUUUCCCAAUGGGGAUAGCAGCGUAGUGCUUGGUGCUUGUGAGGGCUCAAUUAAAUAAUUAAAUUAAAUUUAAAUUUAAAUAUAGUUUAAAUAAAUAAAAUUAAAUAAUGUAUAUGAUAGCUUUUUGUAAACUGUGAAAGGCUGUAUGAAUAUGAGUUGUUGUAAUAACUGUGGUUUUUAUGUACUGAUUACAGUAUCAACACAAAAGUAUUGGCUGAGUCUGUGGUCUCUGAUGUAAAAUGAAAGAAGCGUGGAAAUUCAAACACCUUUAAAUUUAUUCAUGUGUUUGGCACUGACAAUAGCCCAGUUUAUGAAUUUGCUUCUUGCUGUUUAUCCCCUGCUACAUGAGCCUGUAUCCGGCUGGUAUUUGUCUUGUUUUCUUUAAGGUACUAAUUCUUGACCAAUACUGAGGAUGUAUUUCCAAUGGAAGACGAUUAAUACAGCUCAAGUCAGAGUACCACCCCUUGAGAUAGUAUGGUGGUGGUAGAUCUCAAUAUGGACUAUUAAUAUGAACACAUAACUUUACUUGAGGUCCAGACAAAAGAGGAAAUAAAAUGAACUGUCCUUACAAUUAGUAGUGGAAACCAUGUUCAAUAAUUACUUUGUAUAUUACUUGGAAAAAAAGUUUCCAAAUUUCUUAAAAAAUCUUUGGUAGCAUUAUCUUUUUAAAUUACAAACAUUCAUAUUAUUUUUUUGAGAAGCUCCAAGUCAAAGUGAAAGUCAUUAAAAAAUUCUCUUUCUGGUAACAUGAAAAAGAUUUAAGCUAAUAGUGGUUAUUUUUAUUUUAUUUUAACUCUUUAUUACCAAAACAAAUAUAAAAGAAAUUCAUAUCUCCCAUUUAAAUUUUUUCUUUGUUAUUUUUUCUUAUUUUGUUUUUACUUUGUAUUCUUUUUGUAGUUAUGUGGUAAUAUGGAUAAUCUAUCCAAUGGAUUUUUAAAUGCUAUAGUAUCAUUAAUGGUACAAAUAUUUAUCUGUUUCCUGCCACGUUCAAGAUAUCAUGAUGGUACCAGUUUCUUGUGACAUCAGCUAAUAUUGCGUUUUUGGAGUUUUUUUGUGAUUCAGUUUGUUUUGUGAAGAAUGAGUACUGAAAUGACGGUGUUUCAUCUAAUGUUUUGAGGGACAUAUGUGAUGGGAUUGGGCUGCCAAUGUGUCUGACAGUUUGUGCAAUUUGUGUAGUUCUUGGUAUAAUUGCUUUUUUUUUUUUUUUUUUUAAUGGAGAGCCAGAGUUCUGAUUGGUGCUGUGUAAAUUUAAGACUCAAGUAGAGGUUAUGCUUUGUAGGAUUGGUGACAAGGAAGGCAUGAAUUCCACUUGACAAUUAGUGGAAGAUUAACUAUAUCACCUCUUACAGGAACAUAUUUUAAUGUUUCUUUGCUUCUCCUGGAUACAAGAAGGUCCCAAGUUACAUAGGAAAAGGAGAUUCGUUGAUUCUGUUUUUUCUGCAAGUGGGUAGAAGCUAUAGGGAGGUGAAGUCCAGAUUAAUCAGCAUCAAAGAAGAUUUUUAAUCAUUGAAACAAUCUAACAGUAUAACCCUCUCUUUUGUGGAGGAGUGAGUUUAGCAGAGCCAUGUGACCAUCAUUCCUACCUGCCUGGGAGCUUAGAGUUGAACUUUGAGGUCACCCUAUGAGUCUUUGAUCACGGCUUCAAAUCAGUGGGAUGUGUGUAAAGACGAAAGAUUCCCCCUUUCGAAGAAAAGUGGGUGUUUCCUCUUUUGAAGCUACUAGUAGAGUAGUUACACUGUGAUAGGUGCUAAUAGCUCCUGCUAUUAAUACUCAUGUGAUUUCCACUUCUCAUCCAUUCCUUGAAAGUGAGUCUGUUGAUGUUUUCGAAUACCGAUUUUUCUUCCUUUGGACAUUAAAAGUAAUAAUUUAAAAAAGAUCUUUGUGACCAACUGGAAAAAUUUCUGGAAUUACUCUGAUUAAUCAUUGAUUUUUUUUUUUCAUAUUUCUGUUUUUUUCCUAGUUAUUCUCCCCAUACUUGUAAAUCAUAAACUCAAAUAGAUGUAGUUAAAAUGAGUUAAAGAAGGCUCCAGUGAUGGUUUUGAUGCCAUAAGAUUCUGUGGUUCCUAGGGCCUGUAGUGGAUCUUGGGAAGGUAUCUCAUCCUCCCCAGCUUCUAAGCAGUGUUGUUUCUCCUUCAGUCCUGCUCUGUCCAGUAUGGUAGCCACUGGCCACAUGUGGCUGUUGAGCACUUGAACAUGGCCAGUGGCCUGUGCUGGCGUGAUGCUGAGUGUCAGGGAGCAUUUGUUUAUACACGCUGCAGUUCUGUUUAAAGUAAAGGCCUCCCGAUGUCAUGCUUCCUGGAGCUCUGGCUUCUGCUUGCUGUCGACUAUGAUCACCCAAUCACCAUAGUUGCAUUGUCAGUUGUGGUUCAAAUAUGUGUCUGUGAAGUUUGCUUUUUUUGUUUAAGUACCAUAAACUUUUAUUCCUCAUGUUUAUUCUGCAGAUGAUCAAGGUCAUUGGUACAUUUGAACAUUAUUCCUCCCCCAGCCCCCAGAUCUCCUUAUAUGCUAAAAUAAAAGACCUUUUAAGACCUUUUAAGCUAUUUUCAUCUGACUUUACAGACAUUCCUUGUUUUUUUCAGAUGCAACAGCACAAACUUAGGAGUUGUAGAGGAAGUGACUCUUGCCUUUGAGAUGUUACAUUUUAUGAUUAAAAUAUUUUCUAAGAUUAACAUUAUUCUGAAAAAUUUGAUGACCUUUUCCAUCCCUUUAUAUUAUCAGUGUUUCAGCAUUAACUCGGCAAGGCCAAUGUUACUAUUGAAAGAUUUUUAGGCACAAGUUACCCACUUAAGAGAAUAAUCUGGCAGAUAGUUUAUUUAAAGUUAAGUAUUUUAUGCCUUUUGCCGCCUAUUAUUAUUUUUAAUGUGUACGAUACCUAAGUGAUAUGCAUAGGUAUAACUGACAUAUUUUUCAUCUCUUUAGAUAUUUCUUGAUCAGCUAGCUAGCUAGAUAGAUGGAUAGAUAGAAAACAGCUUACAAAUAUUAAAUAGACAAUGUUUUAUACUAUUCUUUCAGGAGUGCAGGAUUUUCUCCAGAUUGUUUCCCCUCCCACAGACCAAUUAUUUACAUAUUUUUUCUUUAUGUAUUAGAUUGGAUUAGAUUGGAUUGAAACCCUAUUCCUGCCUCUCAUUGUUGGUAGUUUUGUCUUUUGUACAUCUGCUGUUAGAUUUAGUUCAGAAUGUUGAACUUGAAAUGUAAUGAAAAGGGCACAUCAGAAUUUAUCAUGAGGGAGAAGAUCUUCUGUGUUGAGCAGUCACUAUCUGACCUUGACUCUGUUGAAUCCAUUCCAGUCUGUUUUUAACUUCAUAACUACAGAAGGAAAUGACGCAAGGACUGUUAAGAGGAUUGAGAAGGCUGAGCAGGUUCUUGGCCUGAUCCAUCCCAAAGGGAUAUGUGGAUGUGGCCUUGGAGGAAGUCCGUUCCCCAUUCUGUCUAGUUUACAAAUGAGUCAGCACAGUAAUACUGUAACACGACUUUGCAUGGAGAAGUCAAAGCAGCCACCUUGCUGUAUUUAAUUAAUAAAGAAUUCAUACAGAUGCCUGUAGAUUGGAUAUGUAAUAGGAAAGCUCAAGAUACUUUAAUACCAAGCUUCAUUAGGUAAAACGUGUUGCAUAUUAAUAAACAAUAUUCCUUGUAUGUUAAUCCAGUAGUUCUUAGAAACACAUAAUUUAAAUGAUGAAUAUAAGGGAUGCUGGCAUAUCCCAGUGGGAGCUUUUGUUUUAUUGCUGCUUAAUAUCUUCUAGUAAAUUGGUUUUAAUAAUUGGUAGUCUGUUUGGCACCAUUUAGGGAAAAAAAGGUUGGUCUUAGUAUAACAGAACUGAUAGAGAAAUUGGAUAAAAUGAACACAUUAAAGAAUAUUGCUUAUCAUUUCAGUUUUAAAGGAAUUACUUUAAAUAAUAAUUACUUAAAUAAUACAUUAUUUUUGAAAUGCUGGAAGGUCUUUCUCAGUUUGCAAGGAUGACACUCCCUGCUUUGGAAAUCAUGCAGACAUUUUAAUUCAUUCUUACCUUUAUUGGAGCCAAGUGUCCAGGUGGCAAUUUUGGGUAGAGUAAAUGAGUUUAAACAAUUUUCAUUAAAUUACUUAACUUUUUUUCUCAAGUGAUUUUAUUCCUCAUAGUAGGCAAGUGCUUUCUAUACAAUGAUUUGUUUUUUUAAGGAAAUAAUUUACGUGAAAAGAAGAGGUUAUGGUAAAUAUUAUAAAUCUUAGGCUAUUGAUUUA